ACAACUUUGUUUACUUUCUAAUAGAGGGCAGCACGUUAAGUAAAUAAUUUUUGAAAUCAAGUGGCUUGAUUUUUAAAAAUAUUUAAUUUAAGAAUCUCACAGAACAGAACUAGGUAUUUGUCAUAAAAACUCUUAAAACUUUUCUUAAAAAUGGAAACUGAUCCUGAUUCUGAAAGUAAGACUCGAAAUUGCCCAGUAGGGCUGUUAUUAAACGAUGCUUCUCAAAAUCCACUCACUCCAAAUACGGAGAUGAACGAAUCCUUGCAAAUUAGACCCAAAACGAGAGAAAUAGCCAGCGCACAUUCUUUGGUAGUUAAGCAAACUGUAAAAAUGACACAAAACAAGGCGGUAGAAAAUGUAAGACUCCAAGAAAUUGAAGCGAAAAAUAAGGCAACAUUGAAACAACUUCAAGAAAUCAGUAGGCAAUUAAGCAAAACAAAAUAUGAAAAUAUGGACCUGGAAAAACAACUUCAAAAUGAUAAGGAUGAUAUCAAAACUUUUCCUGCCAGAACUGAACAUACAAAUGAGAUGGUUUCUUACCUUAAAAAUUAUGUAAAUUCAUGCAAGAAAAAUAUUAGAACUGUAGAUUUUACGGUACAAUAUGAAAAAUACACCAAAGUAUAUGAAGAAUUAAAAUGUGUAAUUAAUAAUAAUGAGAAAAACCAAAAAUCCCUUGAGGAUCAAAUAAUUAAAAUCAAAACUAAAUUAAUUGAACAGGAAAGUCAAAAAUCGAUGAAAAUUGCUCAGUUAAAGGAUAAAGUUUUGGUUUUAAAAAGUUCAAAUAUUGAAAAACAAGAGAACAUAAGUAAAAUUCAAAGUUUGCUUGAAGAUGAAUCUGAUAAUUUUAAAAAACUUGAUGACAUUAAAACUGGUUUAGAAGAAAAACUUAAUGAAUUAUUGAACUCUAAUAAACAAGAAAAUUAUAAUAAAUUAAUUAAUCAGUAUUUUCAAAUAAAAUUAGAAAACGGUGCUUUAAAAGAAAAAUAUUACAAUGAAGUUGAUUUAAACAAAAAUAGUAAAAAUAUUGAAAUGCAGGAAAAUAAAUUAUCCGAAUUUGUUAAACAAUCAGAUAACUUGGAAAACACAGUAAAAACAACAAAACAAAUUUUACAAAAUAAAAAAGUUGCGUAUGACAAUAAUAAAUUAGAUUUAAUUGAAAAAUUGCAAGAAACAGAAAAUAAGUUGCAGGAAAAGAAAAACGAAUUGUUAAAAAUGAAAAAUAAAAGAAAGGAACAUAAAAAUGAUUUAGAACUUUUGAAGAAAGAAAAUUUUGCGGAUCUUCAAGAAAUAUGCACUUUAAAAUCAGUUUUUCUUGAACUUAAGGAGUCCGAAAGGGAGCCAGAGAAAAAUUUGACUCUUUUAGAUAUAAGUUCAAGAAAAUUGAGCAAAAAAUUAAUGGAAAUAGACGCUAAUUGUAAGGAACUGGAAAAUUUUAUCAAAAACAAAUCUAAACAAACAUUGUUGGAAAAUGAACAACAUCACAAGGAAAUGGAAAUAUUAAUGAAAAAAUUAACUGAUCAUGAAAUUUCUCACAAAGCCAAAAUGGAAGAGUUAAGAAAAGACCAUGAAUACGCAUUGGCGUCUUUGACUUAUCUAGAAGAAAAACAAAGGUCGUUAAAAGAAAAACUGGACCAAAUUUCAAAAGAAAAAACUCAAGUGUGCAAUGAGCUACUCAAAAGCGAAGGCGUCAUUGAAACAAAAAUGGAACGAUUGCGUUAUUAUAACACUUACUUGAAUAAAAUGAGCGGAGUUUUUACGAAGCCAGACGAAAAUUUUGCCGUAACGAGUAUAUUGAAAAGUCCUGGAAAACUGGCAGGACCUUCACCCAAAAAAGUGAAAUUUCAUGGACUGGAAUCUUCAGAUGGGUCCAGUCAAGACGUUAAAGCUGUACAACAGAAUAAACCUUCUUUUGAUGAUUGGUUAAAAAUGUUACAAGAAAACAAAAACGAAUAA